UUAGUGUUCGAGAGACGAUUUGUCGACUAAACUGGGCUUGGAUUCGAUAGAAAAAGUACCUGCUGUGCACAUAUCGAACCCGAAAACGUUGGAAUUUCAAGUGUGCAGGACCACUCUCAUACCGGGCGUGCUGAAAACAUUGGCUGCUAACAAGAAGAUGCCUUUGCCGAUAAAACUAUUCGAAAUAGCCGAUGUUGUACUUAAGGAUCCCGAAACAGAAGUAGGAGCAAGAAAUGAGAGAAGAAUUUGUGCGGUGAAUUGCAAUCGGAAUGCUGGUUUCGAAAUCGUACACGGCCUGUUGGAUAAAAUUAUGUCGCUGUUGGAAGUUUCCUGGUCUCGUAAGAAGGAUUCUGUCGGGUAUUAUUUGAAAGCCGCCAACGAUCCCGCUUAUUUUCCCGGACGGUGCGCUCAUGUAAUUUGUCAUGGGACGAUCGUAGGUAAAAUAGGAGUUUUACAUCCCGAUGUUUUAGGGAAAUUCGAGUUGUCUAAUCCUUGUUCGGUUUUGGAAUUGAACAUUCAACAGUUCGUUUGAUUUUCGUACGAUUGUGAAUUUUUAAAUUGAAAAUAAUAAGCGAAUUUUGCUAUCAAAUGAUUUAUUAACUGUACAUGCUUUAGGGCUUACAAUUAAAAAAGUUUAGGUAUAAAUACUCAGUUCGAAAUUUUGGACUCUCCACUUUCUGUCCAUCAGUAAAGUGUGUGUGUUUUUUUUU